CAACGCCCCAUGCUCCAGAUUUCGUGACCAAAGUCCGGACAAGACCGGGCUCCUGGCGCAGCUGCGACCUACGAACUACUGUUCGUAAAUAUUACUUGGUUACAUAAAUCAUUGCACCAGACCCGAUGCCGUCCCUUUUAUUGUUAUAGUCGCACACCGCGGGCGCGCACAUGUUGCGCACCUUUUCCACGCGGCGGCGCCUCGGAGGCGCUCUAAGCCUUGAUCACUUCCUCCAGCGCACCCGCGUACUCGCCUUCUACCGCACCGUCCUGCGCGGCACGGGACACAUCGCCGACGCCAGGACCCGCGCCGAGACGCGUCGCUACGUCCGCGACGAGUUCGAGCGGCACCGCAACGUCACCGACAUUGCUCACAUACGCUACCUCCUAUCGACGGGCAAGACCGAAUGGGAGAGCAUGGAGAGGUAUAUCGGGGGUAUGUAGCCUAGCCUGUAAAGAAGAAACCAGAUGCCGUAAUUGUACAUGUAUGUGUGCG